UUGUGUCUCUCUCUUAGUCAAACACAUCCCCCACACUGCAUGCUUCACAUCUAUAAAUUGAUUUCUUUCAUCACAAGUCCUUCAUCUGUCCAAAGCCAAAAGGACUUUGGUGUGGCCUCACUCAUGGAAGUGUUAAACCCAGUUGGAGGCGAUACCUAUAGGCUCCCUGUUGGGUACAGGUUCGACCCCACCGAUGAAAUUCUUGCAGGCUACUACCUCAGGAAGAGGAUCAUGGCACACCCACUUCCCAAUGAUCUCAUCCAAGACUAUGAUGUUCACCAGACUGAGCCUUGGGAGCUCCCAGGAGGUGGGAAGUACAUGAAUUGGCAGAGGUUUUUCUUCUACGAUGUGAGGAGCCGUGUGUUGGGAAACCCUGAGAAGAGAGAUGCUGGGAAAGGGCAAUGGGAAAUGGUGGAGAAAGAUGAAGAGGUUGGGUUUUCUGACGAACAAGUCAUUGCAAAGAAGAGUGUUCUGGUUUUCUGGAAAGCCAAGGGUAGCUCUCUUGCCAAAACAAAAUGGGUGAUGCAUGAGUUUCGUCUUGCCCUAAAGUCAAAUCCAUCAAAGAUGUCAACCUUGGCUGUGUGCCGCAUAUUCGAGAGGAAAAACUCAAAGAGGGCAAAGAAAGCAAGAGUGUGUGAAGGGGUGAGGUCUAACAGGAGCAAUAUUGAAGAAGCUAAGGAUGUCACAGCCACUGUCAUUGAUUUCACAGUGGAGUGUGGCACUGAGACUGGUCCUCCUCCUCCUCCUCCUCCUGGGACCCCCUAGUGAAACUGCAUAGUUAGUUAGGUUUUAAGUUGCUCCAAAAAUCUUUUGUAAGAUUUCAAUUGUGACGCCCCAUAGGCACCAAAACAACUUUUAUCCAUCUUUCUGCCGUGCAUCAUCUGUGUAUAUGGGCUCAUAAAUUUACUUAAUAAGAAGCAACUGUUUAUUA